GAACCGACAUGCAAUACAAAAGAUUGUAAGCGUAUUUGUGAAUGUAUUUGUAUUUGUAUUUGUAUAGAAUAAUGUCUGCCAUUUUGGUUUGUGUUAAUGUUGGUAAAUCUACCUCUUUUUGAUUGCUUUUAAGUAGUUCAGUUCACAGUUCAGUUCUCUCUAUAACCCGGUACAGAACAGUUGUUGUGCAUGUCGGUCGAGUAUUUAUUUCUAAAUAAAUAAUUGUGUAAACGUAGUAAAGUUAAUAGAAUAAAAGAAGAUAUAGAUUAUAAUAGAGUAGAGAAUAUACAAUGUGAAUUAACGUACAGAAUAUAAAAUAUUUGAUUAAGAACGUUUAAUGUACAGAAUUCUUGUUAUAAAUAAAUUUAUUACUAUAGUCGGGUUUUCUCCAUCUUGGUUUCCCGACUCUAAAAGUGUUUGUCUUUUUAUUUGUUAUUAACGGAAAUCUACAGUCCAAAAAUAUACAUUGGUCCACGUCGAGUCGGAUAUAGUUAACUCGCGCAUAAAACAAAUAUUCUAAAAAGUAACGAUCCUGUAUAAAAUCCGUUACAGUGGAUCGUUACACAAACACAAUUCAGUGCACACAAAAAGAAGCAGAGAAAGAAAAUAACACAUACGUGUGUCAUAGUAUAGGUUCAUGCUAGGUAGCAACCGCUCAGCAGCUACCUCUCGUUUAUGCCUUCUGCUCUUUUUACUUCAGUUGAUAACCGAACACCAGACAGUGCGGAAAAAUGGCGACGAACAGGGCACGCUCUUCGGCGAAUGCCAUCAAAAGCGCCAAGCUUUUUGUACAGACGGAGGAAUUCCAGUCGCUGACGCUAUACCAAGCAAAGCUAAGACUGGCAACCUUGGAGGGUGACUGGGCAAAGUACCAGAAUCUGGCCGACGACUCUUUGGACGUAGUCAGCAAGAAAGAUCUACCCAAGAUUUUGGGCGAAAUCGAGGCAGUUCGCAACGACUACUUCACUGCCGGGGCUGCCCUCCAACAAAAAGUACAGGAGUCGAUACCAUCAUCGUCAGUACAGGGGUCAACGUUGUCGGAAGGCGACAACAGACAAAUCCAAGUAGAAGUCAAUAUGCCUUUCCAACAGCACGACUUAAACAACACGUGGGGGAGCUUCGAUGGGGCUUACACCAAGUGGAUAGGUUUCCACGACAGGUUCAAGGCCGCCAUCCACGACAAUCCGAAAGUAUCUCCAGCAUUCAAGUUCCAGUAUCUAAAGAACUCACUUGUUGGUCGUGCUGCCCGAGCACUUGGCGAGUGGCAAUUGUCUGAGGAAAAUUAUAACGAAGCCUGGGACCGCCUAAAUCAGGUGUACAACAAGAGGUACCUCAUAGGCCGCGAGCAUCUAAGGCAAAUCAUCUCGCUUCCCGAAAUCAGAGGCCGUCCAAGUGCCAAUACGCUCCAAAGAAUGGCUGACGCGACACACGAAGCUUUGAGGCAACUAAAAGCACUUGACUUGCCAGUUGAACACUGGGACUUCUUUAUAGUCCAUUUGCUAUGCGAAAAGUUUGACCAGGAGACAGCCAGGCAAUGGGAGCUGCAGCGGGAAUCAGAGCAGCCAAAAUUGUCAACACUAUUAGCGUUCAUAGAUAAACAGGCAGCUGCACUGUGCAGUGUGACAGUGGAACAGCAAGCACGAAAUGCCAGCACAAGUUAUAAAGAAGAAAGGCAAAGGACAGCUAAAGUACAAGACACAAAACCCGCUGUAAGCGGCAGACCCCAGCCACUAAGGAAAGCCUGCGAGGUGUGUGGCUCCUGGCACCCGAUCUGGGAGUGCCCAGAAUUCGCAUCAUUAUCAUUCAGAGGCAAAGGAGACUUCAUAGAAAGGCGAGCGCUGUGCCCGAAUUGCCUAAAACAUGGGCAUAAGGAAAAUAAUUGUUUCAUGCGAGGCUGCGCAAGAUGUCCAGGGGCACCCAAGCAUAACAUAUUUUUAUGCCCAAUGAAAGAAGUCCUAAAACCAAUGCUUCCAUUGAUACGCAAUGAAGAGGAGAAAGCAGGAACCAGAGGUGCAAUGCGCAAAAGGGGGGUCUACAAGGCGAAGAACGAAUGA